ACUGUUGUGAUGCUAACGAUGUGUCAUCGGAGCUCGGGUGGAGACUGCGGAUAACAGGAGAAAGAAGAGCACCAGACUCCUGCUGUUGCUCCUGCGGGAGACAGACAGAGACACCUGGGUGGGACUGUCUCUGAGGACCAGCUGUCACCGAGUGGACCCGUGCUAGCGGACUCCGGGCUGCGUCGGUCGCCCCCCCCCACUGCACUGUUAGCCCGCCGUGCUAACUGGCUGCCUCCCAGUGAGCGGACGGUCCGGACGGGACGAGCAGGCAGACAUGUCCUGCAGCUUGUUGGAGUUCUGUCGGCUCCAGGAGCUCAGAACGGUCCGAGACUAUUUGUUCAACAGCCAGAGGGACGAGCCGGUGGAGGAGAAAAAUGAAGCAGAUAACCAGAUGACUUGGGACACAUCUGACUGGGAGUCGUCAUGGGACAAUGGUGACAACCAAGAGGAGGAAACCACCUCCACCACUAAGGUGGAGGAGGAGACCAAGGGGCAGACUGGACCCUGGCUGCAGGACUGUGUAGUCGCCCUGUCGCCCUGCUCUGAUCUGCUGGUGGUCGCCCGUGAACACAAGGCAGUCUUCCUCUCAGCAAAGUGGCGCACAGAUGACAGUGGCAGAGAGGAGAUGACUCUGGGUGUUUCCUGGACUGGGACCCUCAGUGCUGAAGAUGGAGAGUGUGUGAGCAGCUGCAUCUGUGUCCCCCUGGCAAGUCAGAAGAGGAGCUCCACAGGGCGGCCGGACUGGACAUGUGUUGUGGUGGGUUUCACCUCUGGCCAUGUCCGCUUCUACACAGAGAACGGGGUCCUGCUCCUGGCCCAGCUCCUGCACGAGGACCCGGUCCUGAGACUCAAGUGUCGCACAUACGAGAUCCCUCGUCAUCCUGGAGUUACUGAGCAGCAUGAGGAGUUGAGCAUCCUCUACCCUGCCGCUCUGGUCACCAUCGAUGGCUUCAGCCUCUUUCAGUCUCUGCGUGCCUGCAGGAACCAGGUGGCGAGAGCUGCUGCAGCAGGUAGUGACGUGAUCCAGCCCCCUCCCCUGGCCUACAAGAAGUGGGGUCUGAAGGACAUGGACACUAUUGUGGACCACAUUAGUGUGGGCAUCAUGCCGCUGUGUGUGUUUGACCAGAUGAAGAAUGCAUCUAUCCUGGGGGGAUUUACUGCUUCAGUCAAGGGCAACCCACCUGCCAUGAGCCAGUAUGUCACUGUCGGAGGAGGACCAUACACUGGCUUUUAUUAUUCUGUCGAGGGAAGCUCCCAGCCUCUUCUCUCUCAUGUGGCCAUGGCUGUGGCCAGUAAACUCACCUCAGCCCUUUUCAGUGCUGCCAGUGGGUGGCUGGGCUGGAACAAGAACAAGAACAAGAAUGAAGACGAUGCUGCUCAGAAACCGAAGCCCAAGGUGGAGCCAGCAACUCCUUUAACAAUCAGAUUUGGUCUCCCAGACUCUCGUCGCCACGGAGAGUCUAUCUGUCUGUCCCCAUGCAACACGCUGGCUGGAGUGACAGACGACUUCGGUCGAGUCUCACUGCUGGACCUGGGCAGGGGCAUCGCCAUCCGCAUGUGGAAAGGUUAUCGAGACGCCCAGCUGGGAUGGCUGCAGGUUCCAGAGGAGCGCAGUGAUCGGGAGUUCUCCCCCCCCACCUCCCGUCCCAGACGGCAUGCCAUGUUCCUCGUGAUCUACGCCCCCCGCAGGGGAAUCCUGGAAGUGUGGGGGAUGCAGCAGGGGCCUCGGGUUGGAGCUUUCACUGUGGGCAAACACUGCAGGCUGCUGUAUGCUGGCUACCGUCUGAUGGGUGUCAAUAGUGUGACCAGUCAGGGCUGGCAGCUCCACACACAGCAGGUGUGUCUGCUGGAUCCCGUCACAGGAGCUCUGAGGACUGUGAACAUCCCCUUUCACCUGGCACUCAGUGACAAGAAGAGUGAGCGAGCCAAAGAUAUGCACCUGCUGAAGAGACUGACGGCUUUACUAAAGAGCAGAGAUGUGGACCCUGAUGUUUUGGAGAUCGAAGGCAAAAGUGUGCUGCUGGAUAUUAAACAUCCUGCGAUUAAAAAGCAGGCUCUAGAGUCUCUGCUGUCAAAUAAGAAUGCUCCUGUCUCCUGUCUCACAAAUAUCAUAAGCACCUUAUACGACACUCUGAAGAAACAAGACACUGAGGACGUGGAUGCACUGUUACUCCAGCUCUGCUCUUCACAGUUGAAACUGCUGCAGCUUUACACUGACAUCCAGCAGCUGCACUAUUCUGCAGACAUAGAAGAACCCUGCUCUGACAACGAUUCCCUAGAAGGCUUGAAGGAUGAACUGUCCCGUGUGGGUCCCACUCUGAAACGCUACGCCCAGUUCACCUGUAGGCCCAGUGUGAGUUUUGCCCAGGACUCACCUGACUCACCCCUCACUGCCCAAGCCUUUCUCUCCCAGAUGGAGUGCAGUGACGAUGGGCAGUUGAAGGUGAACCGCGGGGCUGAAGCUGAAUGGAAUCAGUUAGGAAACUUUCUGUUCUGGGGUUGUCUGUCUGGAAAAAGUCCGAUACAGAAAGUCUGUGACACACUGCAGCAGGCUGGCAUCAGUCCACAGCAGCUACUGGCUUUGCUGCUGAGUGUGUGGUUGCUGAGGGAGAAGGAGGUGCUACAGAAAACAGAGGAAACAGUUACAAACCUUCACACACUACUCAUCGCCCUCAGCAACAUAAAAGGUGCAGUUGAGGAGUCGUGGGACCCCCAGUCCGUCUCCCCCUGGUGGCAGCAAGUCCGCACCACGUGUAUCCAGUCCCACAAUGCUGCCGCUGCUCUGCUGGCUGCCUUCGUUGCUCACCGUGCUACCAAGGCUAGCAUCACUAACCACGCUGACACCAAGAUGCAUUCAGAGUGGGAGGCGGUGUCCCUGGAGCUGGAGCAGUGGGUGGUGUGUGUCCGCCAGCUGGAGGACGUGCUCGUGCUGCAGACGCUGCUGUUGGUGCCUCCUCCUCAGGGAGCAGGGGGGGGUGCUGCAUCACCGUGCUCCAUCAAAACGCUGCUGGAGGGAGGCACUGGUGGCAUAGCCGACAGUGUCUCCAAGUGGGUGUUCAGGCAAAACUUGGCUCCUCAGCGGCUGAAGGAAAUUCUCCAGAAGAAAGUAGACAAAGAUGCAGAUGACAAACUGGAGCAGAUGGAAAGAGCAGAAGGAAACGAGAAGAAGGAGCAGAGCCAAGAGGACACAGACAGGACAGCAGAGCUGUUGGUGGCAGUGUGGGAGCGGUUCCCACACUCGCUCUCCCCUGACCUGCUCUUCGCCCACUGCUGCUGGGAAUAUGUCGUUCAGUGGAACAAAGACCCAGAGGAGGGUCAAUGCUUGUGCUCGGCUGUGGAACAUUUGAAGUUGAUCUCCAGUCCACACAUCCAACUAGGUAUUUCUACAAUGAUGUGGAGUACUUUCAUUGUCAAACGAUUCUCGGCAGCGGCCUAUCUCAUGGAGAAGGUGGGGAAAGCACCCAAAGAUCGUUUAUGUCGAAGGGAUGUGGGGAUGGGAGACAAAGCCGUGACGUCUUUCCUGGGCUGCUGUGUCCAGCUGCUGCAGAUCCUCAUGGAGGUGACUGGGGCCGAUUCGGCGGUGGAGGAGGAGUCCGUUCCCGAGCUGUCGGUGGAGGAGUCGUGGGGCGGAGCCGAGGGCCCCGCCUCCAUAGCCGAGCUGGCCCUGGAGCAGAAAGGAGUCCACUACCCCCUGGUUCAACACCACUGCCUGUUGGCCUCCCUGCUUCACGCUGCCCUGACCUUCAAUCUGAAAGUCAAACCACUCAAUCUGUUUGACAGCAAGGGUAAGAAUGCCUUCUUCAGAGAUCUGACGACAAUCCAGCUGAUGCCCAGUGGAGACAUGGACCCAGGCCUGGUGUCACUGCGACAGGAGUUCCUCCUGCGGGUGCUCACUGGCUGGGUGCUGGCAAUAGAUGAUACUUCCAGCUCCGCCUCUGGCCCUGGGUGCCCCCCUCUUCCAUCCAGUGGCCCUAAAGCUGACUGGUGGCCCUCGCUGUGUCUGGACCUGGGCUCCCUGCUGCAGGUCAACCCCGACAUCCUGCGGCGGCACCUGGUCUGUGAGCUCUAUAACCAGGGUCUGGACCUCCGGGCAGAGGAGGUGAUGUUAGAAGUGGAGGAUAAAGACGUGCUGGGCUCUCAGCUGCUGGUGCUGACGGGACAGAGACUGAGCUUCAUGCUGCUGCACAGCCAGAGUCAGACCCAGGCUGCGAUGGAGCUUCUGGCCCGCCUUCCCCCCACUCUCUGCACAUGGCUCAAGGCUAUGGACCCCAGUGAGCUGCGCUGCCCCCUUGUCCCUUUGUCCCACAGCAGUCGGCUGGUCGGUCGUCUCAUUGAAAUCCUGCCCGAGAACCACGCCCAGUACAGCCUGGCCCUGCACCUCCUGGAGGCCGUGGAGGCUCUGACCACUGAGGACUGACCCUGUGGGGGGAGGAGGCUCGAGACCGACUCCACCGCUUCGAAUUUACAGAUUGUGGUGAAGCUUACUCACGUUCAGCAUUGAAGAGACUGUGGACAAAGGGAAAGAAGAAAUGCAGCCUCCUCACGUUCUUUGGUUCUUGUCACAGAGGUUUUGUUUUUUGUCAUUCAAAUCAUGUGAAUGUGCUUUUAAAUUUUUUAACCCAGAAUGUUUGGGCAUUUAACAUAAAUUAAAUUGAGAACUUGUGUAAUUGAAAAGUGUUAUUACGAAUGUCUAUAAGUUUGUCACUUCUGCUUCAUUUCACUACAAUGCAACUUAUAAAUCUGUGUCCUUUGGGUCAUAUGAGUUCUGUUUGACAUUUCUCCUUCUUCCCUCUCACAGACAAGAGAUGUAUCAUAAAGAAAUAUGGACCUUUAUUUUUUAUUUAUAAUAUAGACAGUACUGUACUAGCUGUGCCUGUACACCGCCUUUUCUGUAGUCCUUAUGUCCAGCCGCUCCCACUGGGCUGAUCCAACGCAGAAUAAAGAGCUUUCUAAAACUGCAAA